CUGGACAACAACUAAUCCACUGGUGCUGGUUUCGUGGCGGAGAUUUAAUUCUCGCCCAGCAGAGGACACGAGCGUCGCGGAUAGUGUCAUUUUCCAGCACGUCGACAGAGUUACGCUACUUCACGUACUUCGCAGCAGAAUGCGAUGCAGCGCCCGUGCUCUCCGAGUGGUGGUCGUGGCCAUCUGUUGCACUGAUUUAAUUUUCGCUUAUUUCGCGCACGCCGUGCCCCUAGAAGCUGUGGUUGCGAGAGUGCAUCGUUUGCCGGCGGUUCGGUUGCUGCAGGUCAGAGCGAGCGACGACCCAAGGGCCGACCGAAUCGUCGGUGGCAGUAAGACAACCAUCGAGAGCGUUCCUUAUCAGGUUUCGCUGCGGUAUUUCAAUAAUCACAUCUGCGGUGGAUCCAUCAUAUCUCACUCGUGGGUGCUGACGGCAGCACACUGUCUGGAUUGGUAUCCCAACAAUGACGAAAUUACAGUGCGCACCGGGAGCACCAGCCAGUCGGCGGGCGGAUCGCUGCAUGCGGUGUUUUACUACCACCUUCACGAGCGCUACGACCCGAACGAGUUCCAGUGGGACGUGGCCACCGUUCGCGUCCGAACGCCCAUGGGGUUGGGCGCGGGCAGAGCGCCCAUUCCGCUGGCCACCUCGACCGAGUGGACCAUUGGCGAGCGCAUCUUGGUGACGGGCUGGGGCUAUCUGACCGCCGCCGGGAAGGUCGACGAUACCUUGCAGAUGAUCUUGCUGGACGCGGUACCGCAGGAGUCGUGCAACCGUACCUGGACCGGUUUCAUCACGGCAGACAUGCUCUGUGCCGGCGGGCCGGGCGUCGAUGCGUGCGCUGGGGACAGUGGAGGACCGGCGGUGCAGGACGGCGUACAGUACGGGAUCGUGUCGUGGGGUUCGAUCGACUGUGGCAACGGACUGCCCGGGGUGUUCACCAACAUUGCUCAUCCGUCGGUUCGAAGUUUCAUUCGCCGCACCACGAUGCUGUAGCCGUUUUCGGGGAGGAGACAAGGUUGACAAGGUCGCAGUGUGCUGCAGACGGGAGAUUAAGAAAAGCGGUUAAUUAAGAUAACGAACAUCGGAUGGCUGGGUGUCUGGGUGCAGAGUCUCGCAAUCUCGCAAUGAAAUAAACACUAGCGAACACGAAAA